GACUUUGUGAAAGAAAUCGUGAUAAAUCACACAAGACAAUUUCCCUCACUCUCUAUUCCACUCUUUCUAGGGUUUCUUCCCAUUCAAUCUCUUCUCCUCUUUACCCUUCGAUUUCUCAUCUACACACCACUUCGCAACCCUCAAUUUCCUCAUCUGCAAUCGGAUUCAAUCGCCCUCUUUUCAUGUGAAGAAGAAGAAGGAGCGACGACAUGUAUUCAUCCAGAGGUAGCGGCGGCGGCGGCGGCGGCGCUUACGGCCAAUCGUACACGGGUCAAUCCACAUACGGCCAGAACCUGGGUGCUAAUUAUUCUGGGAGUUCCGUUGGAGGCCAUGAUGUUACUCAACAUUCCGUGGCUUCGAGGCAUUCAGCGAUAUUAGGUGGGCAACAGGAAGUUGAUGUUGCCGGGUAUCGUCCCGCGCAGUAUGGAGGUCAAUAUAGCUCUGUUUAUGGCUCAGCUGCUCUCAGCAGUGCACCACAGGUUCCUUCAAUGAGCACCAAGGGAGCUGCGUCAUCAGCUUUGGACGGUCGCGGAGGUUAUUCGGAUUCACCUAAAUUUGGUCCUGGUGACUAUAUCCCAUCAUCGAGCCAUGGAUACGGCCACAAGUCUGAUCAAUUGUAUGGUGACAAGAGUUUGGAUUAUUCUGGAAUAGAUAGGAGACAAUAUGGUGAACGGCAGAGUGGUUAUCUUGGUAGGGACUUACCAAGUGAACAAACUGCGCGGUAUGCUGCUGAUGCUGUUGGAUAUAGUGGUCAACAUCAGCAAGCAGAAAUAUAUGACCGAAUUGAUCAGGCAGCUUUGUUACGACAAGAGCAACUGCUGAAAGCUCAGUCUCUACAAGCCGCCUCACUUGAAGGGGGUACUAGACAAGCUGAUUACCUUGCAGCAAGGACUGCUGCUAGUCGUCACCCUACCCAAGAUCUCAUGUCCUAUGGAGGAAGGAUGGAUUCUGAUCCCCGUGCGUCUUCAAUGCUAAGCGCUACUUCAUAUAGUGGACAACACGCACCAUCCAUCUUAGGAGCAGCUCCAAGGAGAAACGUGGAUGAUCUCCUGUAUUCCCAGAAUGCAUCAAAUCCUGGUUAUGGAGUGAGCCUGCCUCCUGGUAGGGACUAUGCCACUGGAAAAGGUCUUCAUGGAAAUUCUAUGGAGUUGGAUUAUCCAGGAAAUCUGCUGUCACAAGGUGGGCACAAUGACCGUAAGGAUGAUCGGGCUAGCUAUCUACGGGAAUUUGAACUAAGGGAAGAAGAGCGUCGCCGUGAACGCUUGCGUGAGAGGGAUAGAGAUAGAGACAAGGAUAAAGAACGUGAACGAUUGCGAGAACGUGAACGAGAACGGGAACGUGAAAAGGAGCGCCUUUUGGAGCGACGGGAAAAGGAAAGGGAGCGAGAUCGCAAACGCGCAGUUGAAGUUAAGCUUGAACGAACUCCAGUGAGAUCCUCCAAGGAUCCCCGUGGUACUUCAAAAGAUCGUCGUGGGUCGUCUUUGACAAAGGAAGGGAAAUCUGCACGACGGGACUCACCGCAUCACAGUGCUUUACAUAGGCACCGUUCACCUGUUAAAGAAAAACGGAGAGAAUAUAUCUGCAAGGUGUACCCUUCUCGUUUAGUGGAUAUUGACAGGGAUUACCUUUCAAUAGAUAAGCGAUACCCCAGACUCUUCGUCUGUCCUGAGUUGUCUAAGGUUGUUGUGAACUGGCCAAGAGAAAACCUUAAAUUGUCUAUCCAUACUCCUAUCAGUUUUGAGCAUGAUUUUGUUCAAGAAGAAAGUGCCAUUGAGCCUAGAGACACAUCCACCAAGCUUUUGAAUGGACAACCUCCAAAUUCAGAACAAGGAAAUACGGUUUGGAAUGCCAAAAUUAUUUUGAUGAGUGGGCUUAGUAGGACUGCAUUGGAGGAUCUGUCAUCUGAUAAAAUUUUUGAUGAUCGCAUUCCUCAUAUUUGUAAUUUCCUUAGGUUUGCGGUCCUUAAGAAGGACCAUUCUUUCAUGGCAGUUGGUGGUCCAUGGGAACCUGCUGAUGGGGGAGAUCCUUCUAAUGAUGAUAACUCUUUGAUCAAGACAGCCCUAAGAUAUGCGAAGGAUGUUACUCAGCUGGACUUGCAGAAGUGCCAACACUGGAACCGUUUUCUUGAGAUACAUUAUGAUAGAUUUGGCAAAGAUGGUUUCUUUAGCCACAAGGAAGUCACUGUUCUUUAUGUUCCCGAUUUGUCUGACUGCCUCCCUUCCUUGGAAGAAUGGCGUGGCCAGUGGCUUGCCCACAAGAAAGCUGUGGCUGAAAGAGAACAUCAACUUCAACUUUCUUUAAAGAAAGAGAAAUCAAGAGAUAAUAGGGAAGCAUCCAAAGAUAAGAAGAAAGAUUCUGCUGCAUCUGGACAAUCAGGAGUUGUUAAGAAGGAGGAGAAAGAUAGUAUUAUUGUUAAGGAGGAAACUGAGGAAAAACCUGGAGUGAGUAACAACAAUAAGAUUGCUAAAGUUGAUGCCUCGGAUAUAGGUGAAGACAAGAAUGAGAAGAAACUGGGGGAAACUGCCACUGGUCAAAUCACAGGCAGUGUGAAGACUGUGAAAAAGAAGGUUAUAAAGAAGGUUGUGAAACAAAAAGGUGCCAUUAAGGCAAAUGAUAGUGCCACCCAACAAAUGGAUAAAUCAGGUGUGAAGGAUGCUGCAGAGGAAGCAGCAGCAUCAGAUGUUCCUAAUCAGGAGGACAAGUCUUCUGUGGAUCCUACUAGGAUUCACACAUCAGAUGUUUCUACUGGAAAAACUGAUGGUGAAGAGGGGAAAGGUAAGGAAAUAAACAGUUCUGGAGAUAAACCUCAGGACAACCCUGAUUCAACAGUUAAUGCAGUUACAAAUGAUGCUUCUGUGAAAAUUACAAAAAAGAGAAAAAUAAUCAAGCGGGUACCUAAAAAAAAGGUUGUUGGUGAGGCAUCUAAAUCUGCAGUUUCUGACCCUAAAAAUGAAGGGAAUGUUGUGGAAGAUAAAGCAGUGGAUAGUAACCAAAGCACUGGCAAGCAGACUGCCGCUGCAGAUGCCACUGUGACGGAGCCAAAAAAAUCUGUGAAGGUUGUCCCUAAGAAAAAGUUAAAAACACCCACCUCUGGGAAGCAAGGUGGUGCAGCUGAUUCCAAUAAAGCAGAAACAAAGUCUGAUAAAAAGGAUGAAGGUAAUGUUGUUGCUAUUCAAGCAAAAGAUGAGUCAGAGAGCUCUGGCAAGCAGCCUCCUGUUGCAGAUACAAAAGUGACGCCAGAGGUGAAAAAAACUGUGAAGGUAGUUCCUAAAAAGAAAUUGAAGGCACCUGCCUCUGAGAAGCAAGGUACAGCUGAUUCCAAUAAAACUGAAAUGAAGCCUGACAAGGAUGAUAAAGGAACUGGUGAAAAAAGUGGAGCCAAGACAGACAAGCAGAAAACCUCUGAAAAGAGUCCUCAGAAUGUUAAGGAGAAACAGAAAGAUGGGGAUAAGUCAGGUGAGAAAGUAACCAAAGGUAGAGAUGGAAAAGUUGAUCCUAAAAGCAAAUCUAGUAAGGAAGUUAAAGAGAAGAGGAAGUCUGAGGAACCUCCUCGACACCCUGGAUAUAUUCUUCAAACAAAAGGGACUAAGGAUUCUAAGCUACGCUCAUUAUCAUUGUCUCUGGAUUCAUUGUUGGAUUAUACUGACAAAGAUGUUGAAGAAUCAACACUUGAGCUUUCAUUGUUUGCUGAAUCAUUUAAUGAAAUGCUCCAGUAUCAAAUGGGUUGCAGAAUUUUGACAUUUCUUCAGAAACUCCGUGUAAAAUUUGUGAUCAAAAGAAAUCAGCGAAAGAGGCAGCGGGAAGAAAGGUCUGAGAAGGAUAAUGCUGACAAAACACCUGCUAAACGUCCAAAGGGAGAUGAUGCUUCUGUCAAGACGGAGGCGACAAAUACGGACACACCGAACUCAACCCAAGCAGAUGAUAAAACUGUUGAUGUUGAUAAAACUGUUGAUGUUGAUAAAACUGAUGAUGUUGAUAAAACUGCUGAUGAGAAUACUAACCCUAGUGAGAAGGAGAAUGAUUUGAAGAUGGAAGAUGCAACAGACGAGGAAGAAGAUCCAGAGGAGGAUCCAGAAGAAUGUGAGGAAAUGGAAAAUGGUGGUCCCAAGCAUGAUGCAUCCAAUGAUAAAGAUGCUGAGCAAGAGGCCGACUUAAAAGUUGAAUCUGAAAAUGUUACUAGCAAUGAAAAAGCAGCAGAUGAAACGUCUAAAGGGGAGAUUGUGGUUAAAAAUGAGGUCAAAGAAGCCAAAACAGAUGUUCAAUCCAAUGAAGAAAAGGAAGGAAAGGCUGAAAAAAUUAAAGAAACUCCUGCUGUUAAGGAGGUCGCUGUGGACAAAGAAUUGUUGCAGGCUUUCCGGUUUUUUGAUCGUAAUCGAGCUGGGUACAUUAGGGUUGAAGAUAUGAGAUUAGUUCUCCACAAUUUAGGGAUGUUCCUUUCUCACAGGGAUGUCAAGGAUCUUGUACAAAGUGCAUUGUUGGAGAGCAACACUGGGAGGGAUGAUCGAAUUCUUUACAAUAAGCUGGCGCGGAUGAGUGAACUCUGAUUCCCCUAUUUCUAUUUCUUUGGUGUUAAAUGCUGACACUGCCUUUGUUAAGGGUGAAUGAAAUUUGUUUGUGGUUUAGUUGGACAGUUUUUGUUGUUGUUUCGUUGAUGAUUGGAAAAAGGAUAGCCUAAAAGCUCUCUUGGAUGUUUUUCACGAUAAUUAUAAAGAACCGAUUCCAACAUUUA